AUGGCGACCACCUUGCUCCCUGGGUGGUUGGAUUCUACGAUCCGCAUCGUGCGAGGGGUGUGGAUCCUGCUCGUACUCUUCCUGUCCCUCUUUGUGGGAUCCAGCUCGUUCCACAGCCCCCUUCUUCUCCUCCUCUGGUCCUUCUCCUCCCGCUUCUGGCGCACCCUCAACUCCACCUUCAUCGAGAUGUGGCAUACCCUAUUCAUCUUCUACCUCGAGGUGUGGAAUAGCAAGCGGUGGCUCGUGUCUGGCGACGACGUGCCGCCCAAGGAGAGGGCGUUCAUCAUCUCCAACCACCCGUCCGAGGUUGAUUGGAUGUGCUGGUGGCCCAUCGCCUGGCGCAAGGGAAUGGUCGGCGACCUGAAGGUGAUCCUCAAAAAGGAAAUCGCAUAUUUGCCUGCGCUGGGCAACGGCAUGGACGACCUGGAGUUCCUCUUCCUCGAGAGGGACUGGGAGAAGGACAAGAACACAGUCGCCCACAGGAUUGAGUCGUGGAACCGCGAUGAGACACCGCUGUGGCUCACCUUCUUCCCCGAGGGCACGGACUUCAAUCGCAUCAAGCACGAAAAGAGCAUCAAGUAUGCCGCUGAGCACAACCUCCCGUCCUACCGGAACCUGCUGGUUCCGCGCAUCACCGGCUUCGUGUCCUGCGUCAAGAUGCUCGGGACCCACAUCGACGCCAUCUACGACUUCACCCUGUGCUACACCGGCAGCCCGAAACCGAACCCGUUGCGAGCACUGAUGGACCUGGCACCCAAGGAGGUGCACCUGCACAUCCGGCGGUACCCGAUCUCGACGAUCCCCUUGAACGACGACGAGAAGCUCAAGGACUGGAUCUUCCAGUGCUGGAAGGAGAAGGACGAACUCCUCGACCACUUCAAGCAGCACCAGCGCUUCCCCGAUUCCAAACAGGGUGGUGGCGCGGUGGAGUUGAAGCCGUCGCGACUGCUCUACGCGUGGUUCCUGUGGUGGCUGAGUCUGAUCUCGCUCGCUCUCUAUCGGUGCGUGGCGUCGCCCGGCUUCCUGCUCCUCGUCGUGGCCGCCACCGCCGUGCGGGUGGCCACCACCUACCACACCAAGACACGACAGUGGCGCGGCCUCCUCCCUCCGGACGACUACGCCGCGGGCAAGAAGCAGGAGUAA